UUGUGAAGGUGGCGGGAAAGUGGCCGGGAACCGGUAACCCUUAGCAACUGAGCCGGAGCGGCGGGCCUAGCUCUGCCUGUCGUGAAUCCGAGCGCUGGGAGGGGUCCGAUCCUCGGAGAGCCAUGCAGUAGCGCUGGGCCGCUGGGAUUGUUGGCCGCGGAUAUCAUGAGGUGAAAACGGGUGUAGGAUUCCCCAGCGCACGAUGGCUGAGGAGCUGUUCUGUCAAAGUGUCGCCGUACUCGUGAAGUGCAAGGACUGUGAGGACAGGAGGGAAAAUGUCCGCCUCACAGUAGGAUGGCAAUCUGGUUCGAACGCAAUUCACAAAAAGGAUUUAUCUGUCCGUUUGACUGAUGACACAGAUCCCUUCUUCUUGUAUAAUCUUAUGAUUAGUGAAGAUGAUUUUCUGAGUUUAAAGAAUCAACAAGGACUGCUUGUAGAAUUUUCUGCUUUUCCCCAGCGGUUCAUUGAACUUUUGGACCAAUGUAUCCAGGAACAAAACAAAGAUGUUCCAAGGUUUACUCUUCAGUUAGUAACGCAGUCUCCAGCAUUGGAUCACAUGCCUGCAAGCUUAAAUAUAAUAGAAACUAACCCAUUCAAGCACCUCACGCAUCUCUCCUUAAAGCUGCUUCCAGGAAAUGACAAUGAGAUAAAGAAAUAUUUAGCAGUCUGCCUUCAUAAUGUGAAGAUAGAAAAUGGUUCAUUACAAGAAAGGUUACAUAGAACAGAAGAAGACUUAAUGAAAAGAUUAAGCAUUACUCAACAGACCUUAGCAGAAAAGAGUAAGGAACUGGACAGAUUACGUAAUGAAUGGACCACACAUACUAACUUGAUGACAAACAAACACAGCCAAGAAGUUACUUUGGAACGGGAAAAGGCUUUACAGGCUCAAACGCACUACCAGCAACAAUGGGAGCAGCAAAAAAAAGAAAUAGAAGUCACAAAUAGUCAAACAGUACAACAUCUUGAAAGGAGGAUAGCGGAAAUAGAAGCUGUCAACAAGGAUCUUACUGAAAGGAAAUAUAAAUCAGAAUCUGCAAUACGAGAGAUGAAAGCCAAAUUAUGCGUCGUGGAAGAGGAAUGUCAAAGAUCGAAACAGGAAGUCAUUUCACUGAGGCGAGAAAAUGCCACUUUGGAUGCAGAGUGCCAUGAAAAGGAAAAGUUACUGAAUCAGCUGCGUACAAGGACUGCAGUGCUGGACCAGGAAGUUAAGGAUAAAGAGCAAGUGGUUACAAGGACAACAGAAGUCUGUGAAAGCAUGCAGGAGCAUAAGAAAAAUCUAGAAGAGAGCUUGGAACAAAAACAACAGCAAAUGGGAAAACUAGAAGCUACUGUGAAAUCUCUUUCAGAAGAAUUAUUAAAGGCUAAUGAAAUCAUCAAAAAGCUUCAGGGAGACAUUAAGAAGCUGAUGGAAAAAAUUAAACUGAAAAAUGCAGUUACAAUGCAACAAGAAAAACUUUUAGGAGAAAAAAUGCAAAUACUCCAGAAGGAGCAGCAAGAACUAGCAGAUGUACAACAGGUCCUGAGGCACAAGGAAGAGGAGGUUUGCAAGUUACAGGAGAAGUUAGAUGCCACUGUCACAAAACUAGAAGAAAGCAAACAGCUUCUAAAGACAAAUGAAAAUGUAAUAUCUUGGUUGAAUAAACAACUGAAUGAAAAUAAAUUAGCAUCUCUGCAAGAAACUCCAGGGUCCUGUGAUCCAUCAUCAGUAUCUAGUGGCAAUCUGUCCAGGCCUGGGGGCAUGCAAAACAGCAUGCAAACUUUGUACCCUCCUUUCUCUGUCUUGAUGCCGCAGACUGCCUCCUCUGUUUCGCCGUCAGACAAUUACUCUAAGAGCUCUGGUUCUUCUGUACGAAUGAAUGCUCCACUCCUGAGGCCUGGUGUAUCAAGGCAUGGUCUUCAGAUGCAGAUCAGUCCUGUGCAGCUAAAUACUAGUACCUUUCCUGCAGCAGCCCCUCCAUCUUCAACACCAGCAGCAACAGCUCUCCCCUCCAAAAGUGAACCAGUUGGUUUAGACCAGAAGUACUUACAAAAGAGGGAAUGCAGUAAACCUGUGUUGUCUCGAGGAGCAUCAUUGCAGAAGCCAUUUUAUCCAUCUGGCACAGUGCCAACUCGACCCCUAGUGCCAAAGCAAGGAAAUUCACCACCAGUGACAUCUGCCUACUUUCCAGGACAACAGCCUAGACUCCCUGCAUCAUGAAGAGCACAGUAAUUACUUCUCAACACAGGGCUUGAAGAGAGACAGAUAAUGAGAAAGGAACAGGCCAUCUGAAUGUAUCACUGCAGGUGCUUGGACCUGUAAGAAACGAUUGGACUGGGCAGUGAUAAUUAGCAUAAACCCAGGUGCUCAUUCAAACUGCCAGAAUACACUUGCCAUUCGCAAAAUGUAAUUUGAUUUGUGUUAAAGCAAGUGAGUGUUUUCCUUCUGCACAGGAGGCAGCUGAAUACCAAAGCAUUUGUUGUAAACUCAGGAGUGAAGAUUUGAGCCUCAUUUCAUUGUAAUUCCUGCAAACUGCAGAAUGUUUUGAACAAUCAAGAAUUUGAAAACUAAAAUCUUAUUUUAACAGUGAAGAAUAUUAGCUGCUUUCUCUGUGUAGAAACUGAAGAUGUCUCUUUUGUUUCCUCCUCCCUCAACAAUCACUUUUGAUAAAUCCUGCUAUUUCAAUUUACUAUAUAUGUUACUAACUGUGUGGGUUAAGAUCCUCAGCAAUACUUCCAGUUUUUCAUUUUGCCCUUUGGUACCAAUAUCUUUCGCACAGCUAGUCUUUACUAUUUUGCCCAAACUGUACGAUCUUUCUUAAUCUGGAAUUAUGUAUUUGGUUCCUGUGAAUGCUUAACAGAACAACAUUCUUUCAUACAUUUACGUGUAUAAAAGUGACAUUAAGCAUAAUAAUGGGACCUUUCCAAAAUUCAGUGUACACAGUCAGUAUUACAAAAACAGGAAUGGGUUGGCCCUUCCCAACACUGCACCGAGUACAGAGAUGUUAAUGUUUAGCACUGGUGGGGGAAUCUUUGUCAAGGUGCGAAGUGCAGUCUUGAUUAUAGGACAGCAGUUAUAUUUUUGUCUGAAAACUGAUAAUAAAAUUUGGAUGCAGUUUGUCUAUUGAAAGUGAUUCCUAAAUAGCAUGCCAUUAACUAGGCCCUUUCAAGUUGUAUAAAAGUUGGAAUUAUGAACCUUGAGUAGUUCUGAAAGCAAUUUAAUAAGGUGACAAAUGUAAUUGCAUCAAGGAUUUUAAAAUGCAUCAAAUAUAUAGAAUUGGGUCUAUUUUCUUACUGUGUUGUAAGUAGUAAUUUAUGACAUGUUAACUGAAUGUAUCAGUGUACAAACUGUAAAAUUGUA